AUGCGCCAUCCGAAAGGCAAAGCGCUCAUCGAGGAGCUGGUAAGCAUCAGCGAUGUGGUAGUCGAGAACUUCCGGGCGGGACUGAUGGAGCGGCGCGGACUUGGCUACGAGGCUCUGAGGGCGAUACGCCCGGACAUCAUCAUGGUUUCGAUGCCCGCGUUUGGCAGUGUAGGGCCGUGGAAGGACUUCAUUCAGUACGGCAUUGGGCAGGAGCAGCUAGGCGGCAUCUCGGCGAUGAACGGCUAUCGCGGCGAGGACGCGCCUGUGAAGUCUGGAGUGAACUUCGGCGACCCCAUCAGCGGGGCGCACGCGGCGGGUGCGUUGCUUUCUGCGCUGUGGAGUCGGCGGCGCACGGGCAAGGGCUGCUUCAUAGAUUUGUCGCAGCUGGAAUCGGCGAUAAUGACCAUCGGCGAGCACCUGCUAGGCUUUCAGAUGAAUGGGAGGCGCGCUGAGAAUCGAGGCAAUCGGCAUCCCGUGUACGCACCGCACGGCGCCUAUCCCUGCCAUGGCGAAGACGAGUGGAUUACGAUCGCCGUUGCCGACGACGCGGAGUGGCAGCGUCUAUGCGCCGCUAUGGACAUGCCUCAGUUGACGACGCACUCGGAAUACUGCGACAUCCUCGCGCGCCAUCGCAACCACGACGCGCUGGACGCGCUCAUAUCGCGGGGACUCAUGACAAGCCCGCUGCCGAUGUGA